AUGAUGGAAAUCUUGUUAAAGAUGAUGAAUGUGACGAUUAAUCGAAAAUAGUAAUAAGAAUAUGUUACUAAAUGGUUUAAGUAUUAAUAGAUUGAACAUUUAAAUCUUAUCAUAUCAAAUUUUCCAAAACCAUUAUUUUAGAGUGUAGGAACUUCAUAAAUUUACUUUGCUACCAGAUUAUUUCAAUUAUCAUACACUAUUUCCAUCAUUAUAAGUGAUGAUUUUCAAAUUAAAGACGAUCUAUAUUUUCAUAUAUAGAGAAAAUAAAAUGUUUAAUAAAUGAAUCAAUCUAUUAAUCUCACUCAAAAUACUUCUUAGAUAAAUGAGUUUAAUUCAUCUCAUUUAAUUUUGAUGAUUAAUAUUACUUGCUCAAGAAGUUCACAAGAUAAAAUCCUAUUGAUCAAAUUCUUAAAUAAUUCAGUCAUUUUUUCAAAUGAAAGAUACUCCCAGAUUGAAACAGAAGUGUCUUGUCUUAAACCAAAAGUGACAUACAUUGAUGAUGUCACCAUUGCUCAAGUCUAAAUAGCACCCAAUAGUAACACCUAUAUUUUCCACUUUAUUGGGAUAAUAUUUGGUUAUCAGUGUUAUAAUUUAUAAACCUACUUUCAACUUUUAGGAUAUGCUUAAUUUAACUUUAUUUAAAAGAUUUUCGAUUUAUCAGGAAUUAUUGAUCAAAUACUGAAAACACAACAAUUAAAGAAGAUACCCACGAAAGUAGCAGGUGAUAACUUAAUAUCAUUGUUAUAGUUGAAACAAUUAUUACAGUUUUGA